AUGAAGAUUCGCAUAAUGGAGUCAACAACUGUGCAUCCUGCCCAAGCCACCCCAAACAAGACCUUAUGGUGCUCAAACCUAGAUGUGGUGGCUUCGAGGAUGCAUCUCUCCACUGUAUAUUUCUACAAAUCCAACAAUGGCGGCUCUGAUUUUUUCGACACUGGCGUGCUCAAGGAGUCUCUGAGCAGAGUCCUGGUGCCAUUCUAUCCGGUGGCAGGGAGACUUGGUUGGGACGAAGAUGGGAGGAUUGAAGUGAAGUGCAAUGGUGAGGGAGUUCUGUUCAUUGAAGCAGAAACAAGUUGUGAGAUUGAUGAUUUUGUUGACUUCAAUGCUCCUACUUCACAGCUUAAGCUUCUUGUUCCUUCUGUUGAUUAUUCUUCCAUGGACAUCUCUUCAUAUCCUCUCCUCCUGUUGCAGGUGACAUUUUUCAAAUGUGGAGGUGUAUGUCUCGGAGUUGGGUUCCACCGCACACUGGUAGACGGCACCGCAGCUCUGCAUUUCAUCAACACAUGGUCUGACAUGAAUCGUGGCCUCGCCGUGACCGCACCGCCAGUAUUCGAUCACGAUCUGCUUCGUGCUCGGGUUCCACCCACCCCUUCAUUCCACCACAAUGAAUUUAAACACUCACCUUCCAUAUAUACCCCCAAACAAACCAAACAAUUACAUUCGACUCCCCUCUCGACCUCCAUAGCCAUCCUCAAAAUCACGCCAGACCAGCUCAAGACCCUGAAAGCCAACGCGGGAUCGAAUAAUUACAGUAGCUAUGAAGUCUUGGCUGCACACAUAUGGCGGUGCGCAUGCCAGGCACGUGGCCUUCCAGACGAUGAGGUGACAAGUGUAUUUAUUCCAGUAGAUGGACGGUCUAGAUUGAAUCCACCACUGCCACGUGGUUACUCCGGGAAUGCCAUUUGUAAGGCCAGAUUAUCAGUCCUAGCUAGGGAAAUCCAAUCUGGACCGUUGAUUGAAACAGUGAAGAGGAUCCGUCAGACGAUAAAACGAAUGGACGACGACUACUUGAGGUCGGUGAUUGAUUACUUGGAAGUACAAAAAGAUCUGAACGUCGUACGGGUAACCCAUGGUUCCAACUUCAAGUACCCGAACCUGCAUGUUGUCAGUUGGGCCAGGCUGCCUAUAUAUGAUGCUGAUUUUGGGUGGGGCCGGCCCGUUUUCAUGGGCCCAGCAAGCAUUUACUUUGAGGGUGCGGCAUUUAUAUUGCCGAGUCCGAUCAAUGGUGGGAGCUUGUCUUUGAUAAUUGGGUUGGAGAGUGAACACAUCAAGCUUUUCGAGGACUACUUCUAUGACUACAACCCUAUGGAGUUUCCCGUUCAAAAUGGACGUCAAGCUGUUCAGUUUGUGGAAGUUAAGUAUUAAUCAUGUG